AUGCCGGUUCUGACCAGCCCAGACAACGCUAAUAAGUUUAAGGAGAAAUGGUCGUACCCGGAUGACCAGGCGGCCGCGUCCGACUCGGCCCCUCUGGACGACAGCCUGACCAGCCUCCACUGGCUCCAGAAUUUCUCCAUCGUCAACGCCGACCCGGAGCGAUCCGGCGGGGCGGCUGCCCAGGGCUGCCCCUCCUCCUCCUUCUUCCCCUCCUCCCAUCAGCAGCACCUGUUUUUCAAACGCUUCCCCAGAGGGGGCACCGACUCUCCCUCCAGCCCUCCCGCCGGGGACACGGCGGCCACCGGGAUGCCGCUUCACCUGGGCAGCCCGGUCACCUCCGGGAGCGACAGCACUUUGGCUCAGCGCUUCAGCAACUGCGCCUACCAGUCGGUCCCCAUCCAAGCCACCCCUCCGGCGGAGGUCGACUACAAAACGAACCCUAAAGUCAAACCGCCGUAUUCUUACGCCUCGCUGAUUUGCAUGGCCAUGCAGGCCAGCAAGCAGCCCAAAGUGACUUUAUCCACCAUCUACAACUGGAUCACGGAGAAUUUCUGCUACUACAGACACGCGGAGCCCAGCUGGCAGAACUCGAUUCGCCAUAACCUGUCCCUCAACAAAUGCUUCAAGAAGGUCCCCAGACAGAAGGACGAGCCCGGUAAAGGAGGCUUCUGGCAAAUCGACCCUCAGUACGCAGACAUGUUUGUCAACGGCAUCUUCAAACGCAGGAGGAUGUCCGCCAACAGCUACAACAACAACAGUGGCGCUCACAGACAAAACAAAUUCGUUCAUAAUGCUUGCCCUUACCAAACCGGCAAGGAUCUAGGCAAUAAAAGGAAGCCGAUGGCCGCUAAGAACAACAGCAAAGCUACCAGGGCGACCGAGUCCCCGCUUUUGGCGACGGAGGCCCCCAAAGCGGACAACCCGCGGGGGGAUUUUGACCUGACGUCCAUUUUUGACGACGUCCUAAACUGGAACUGUAGCACCUUUGAGGAUUUGGACAUCAACACGGCGCUGAAUUCGCUGGGCUGCGAGAUGGAGCUUAGCGUGCAGGGGAGGCAACAGUCGGCCGGGCCGGGCCACUGGUGCGUGGCGGGUGACCUCCUGGGACCGAGUCAGCACCCGAACCCGCCCCAGUCGACCUACGAGUACCUGGACGCCGGCGCGGAGCUGCACGUGCUUCCUCAACAAGACCAGCUCCUGCAGAGUCAGAAUCAGCUGCAGAAUUUUGAAGAGCCGUCCUCGCUAUUUCACGAUCGACCGGAAGAGGUGGUCUCCUGGGAGGAGAUCAAGGCCAUUCCACCCACUCUGGAUCAGAGCUUCGGCCUGUACGAGGGCUUCUUUAUGGAGAUGCAACCAUGGGAACGGGUCGAGACCUACCUGUGA